CCUGUAGGCGAUGCUGCUGUUGCUGCUCUGCAGCGUGUCCAGCGCUCUUCCACGAUUUAUCAGAGCAGAUGCUUGCGAGGACGUGAGUAUGCAGGAGACUGUGUCAGUAGGCCAGCCUACGGCUUUUAACUGCAUAUACCCUCUGCCAACACCUGGGAGGAUAGAUGCAACAUGGUAUAAAUAUCCUAGGAAAAUCCCAAUAUCCAAAAACAUACAGUCUAGGAUCCACCAGGACCAAAACUGGAUUUUGUUUCUCCCUGUGAAAGGGGAGGACUCUGGGAUCUACCACUGUGAUACAAAUGAUACAAACAUCUGUCCCAGAAUGCAAGUCAACCUCACUGUAUUUAAAAAACAUUGGUGUGGUACUUCCAGAAACAGUCAACUGAAUGUGCCAGAUGAGUACAAACAGAUUUUAUAUGUUGGAAAAGAUGACACUCUUAUGUGUCAUCUGAACUUCCCAAACAGUUUUGAUUUGGAUUCAGUAAAGUGGUAUAAGGACUGUAAAGAGAUUGAAGGAGAACGAUUUAUUUCUUGGGGAAGAAAGCUUUUAGUGACGAAUGUCUCAGCAAAGGAUGGAGGGAACUAUGCGUGUCAAGCCAGGCUCACAUACGCAAAGAAGCAGCACACUGUUUUAAAUAGCAUUUCUGUGAAGAUCACAGGAAAAGUGGGAAAUGGAAGAAGAAUCCCUAAGAUCAUUUAUCCAAAAAAUAAUUCAAUUGAAGUAAACCUUGGCUCCACCCUCAUCGUGGACUGCAAUAUAACAGACACACAGGGUAACACAAACCCGCGCUACUGGAGGGUCAAUAACACAUUGGUCAAUGUUUACUACAAGGAAUCCAAACGAAUUCAAGAAGGAAGCGAAAACUACACUGUUUUUCAAGGACAUCUUUUUUACACAAUGAACAUAACCUUCUUAGAAGUGAAAAUGGAAGAUUAUGGCCACCCUUUCACAUGCCAUGCUGGAGUGUCUGCAGCUUACGUUAUACUAAAACUCCCAGUUUCAGAUUUUCAAGCUUACUUGAUAGGAGGGCUUCUUGUCUUGACCAGCGCGGCGGUGUCUGCUGUGUGUAUCUACAACGUUUUUAAGAUCGACAUUGUACUCUGGUAUCGAAGUGCCUUCCAUUCUGCAGGGCCCAUAGAAGAUGGGAAGCUGUAUGAUGCAUACGUCUUGUGCCCCAAGCCUCAAAGAGAAAGCCAGAGCCAUGAUGUGGACACUCUGGUGUUGAAGAUUCUCCCCAAGGUGCUGGAGAGGCAGUGUGGAUACAAGUUAUUUAUAUUUGGCAGGGAUGACUUUCCUGGACAAGCUGUGGUCAAUGUCAUUGAUGAAAAUAUUAAGCUGUGCAGAAGACUGAUCAUCAUCAUAGUUCCCGAAGCGCUGAGCCUUGACCUAUUAAGGAACAUGUCAGAAGAACAAAUCGCAGUCUACAAUGUUCUCAUCCAGGACAGGAUAAAGGUCAUUCUGAUUGAACUGGAGAAGGUCAAGGACUAUACAACCUUGCCAGAGUCCAUUCAGUACAUCAAACAGAAGCAUGGGGCCGUCCAGUGGAGUGGGGACUUCACAGAGCAGUCACAGUGUGCAAAGACCAAGUUCUGGAAAAAAGUGAGGUAUCACAUGCCACCCAAAAGGUGGCCACCUUCUCCCCCUGUCCAGCUGCUAAAACACACACCCUUCGACCUCAUGGACAGCAAGUGGGAGGCCAACGUGGGGUUCAUCACCCCGUGA